AUGAUUCUCUUUACUACACUUUGGAUCAUUUUUGGUCUUAUUUCUUCAUGUUUCGGUCAAGCUUAUUGGUACGAAACAAUUGCUCAUCAGGGAGUCGCUCCUUAUAAUCCUCAAGGGAGUGCAUAUCAGGUAUUUAGGAAUGUGAAGGAUUUUGGAGCUACAGGAAACGGUGUCACGGAUGAUACAGCUGCGAUUAAUGCCGCAAUCGCAUAUGGUUCCCGAUGUGUGGAAGGAGCUGCGGGUGUCGGAUGUGCAUCUGCAACUAAUUCACCAGCUGUGGUGUAUUUCCCUGCAGGAACAUACCUCAUUUCAUCUCCCAUUCUUCCAUACUACAUGACUCAAUUAGUUGGAAACCCAAAUGCGUUACCAACCAUCAAAGCUACAGCUGGAUUUGUAGGUCUAGCACUUAUCGAUGCAGACCCUUAUGGAUCAUCUGUACCAGAUUAUGGCACUACAAAUGUAUUCUAUCGUCAAGUUCGAAAUUUUAUCAUUGAUACUAGAAAUAUGCCAGCUACUUCUUUGGCACGAGGUAUUCAUUGGCCUACAGCUCAAGCAACCAGUCUUCAGAAUAUGGUCUUUAACCUCAAUACCGCAAGUGGUAACCUGCAUCAAGGAGUCUUUAUUGAAAAUGGUUCUGGUGGAUUUUUGAAUGAUCUUAUUUUUAAUGGGGGUCAAUAUGGUAUGAAUGUCGGUUCACAACAGUUUACUUCAAGAAACUUAACAUUUAAUAAUUGUGAAACUGCCAUAUAUCAACUUUGGGAUUGGGGUUGGACAUAUAUGGGCUUAUCAAUCAACAAUUGUGGUACUGGUCUUGAUAUGUCUGAUGGAGGUUCUUCAGCACAACAAGUUGGAUCCAUAACAGUCAUUGACAGCACUUUUUCUAAUACACCUAUUGGUAUCCUUACUGCUCGAAGUAGUACAUCACUUCCUCUUACUGCCGGAAGUCUGGCUAUCGAAAAUGUCAUCUUCACCAAUGUCCCCACCGCGGUAGAAGGACCAAAUGGUGUAUCUCUAGCAGGAAGCACUGGAUCAAUCACCGUUGCUGCUUGGGUACAAGGUAACACCUACAGUCCCACAGGUCCAAACUCUACCCAAGGUGCAACUUCAGCCUUUCCUCGUCCUGCAUCCUUGCUCAGUGGUACAAGGUAUUAUGCUCGAUCUAAGCCUCAGUAUAAUACUCUCGCCGCAACUCAAUUUUCUAGUGUUCGAACAGCUGGAGCUAAGGGUGACGGAGUAACCGAUGAUUCUGCUGCUCUCCAAGCAAUCAUCACUUCUGCAACAGCUGCAGGGAAAUUAAUAUAUUUUGAUUCCGGUAUCUACAAAGUAACAACCACAAUCACAAUCCCAGCUGGAGCCCGGAUCGUCGGUGAAACUUACCCUGUAAUAAUGGGCUCUGGCUCCUUCUUCAGUAACAUGAACGCUCCCCAACCCGUCGUCCGAAUCGGCUCUACGGCUGGCGAAACAGGAGUCGUAGAAUGGUCCGACAUGAUAGUAUCGACUCAAGGCGCUACAUCUGGAGCAACACUAAUUGAAUGGAAUCUCGCCUCCCCAUCUACAACUCCAUCCGGAAUUUGGGAUGUUCACACACGAAUUGGUGGAUUCGAUGGGAGUGAUUUACAAGUUGCUCAAUGUCCUACUACGGGUACUCAACCGAAUGCAAAUUGUAUCGCGGCGUUUAUGAGUAUGCAUGUUACUAGUACUGCGAGUGGAUUGUAUAUGGAAAAUGUUUGGUUGUGGACUGCUGAUCAUGACAUUGAUGAUGUGGAUGAUACUCAGAUUAGUAUUUAUACUGGAAGGGGAUUAUCUGUUGAGAGUACUACUGGGAAUUUUUGGUUGAUUGGAACGGCAGUAGAGCAUCAUUCUCUCUAUCAGUAUCAAUUUGCGAAUACCAAAAAUGUAUUCAUGGGAUACAUUCAAACGGAAACUCCAUACUACCAACCUGUUCCCCAAGCAACCUCACCCUUUCCACCAGUCACCACCCUCAAUGACCCCGAUUUCGCUACCUUUUGCGCUGGAAAAGGUCCUACUUGUUAUGAUGCAUGGGGAUUACGAAUUUUAGAUUCCCAAGAUAUUUUAGUAUAUGGAGCUGGAUUUUAUAGUUUCUUUGAUAAUUAUAGUCUUUCAUGUUCCAACCACACAGCCACAACCUACAACAGUAACUGCCAAACUCAAAUCUUCGGUAUUGAUGAAGGUGGCUCCGCAAUGGAAUCGUGUACUGGAAGUACGGUGUUUGUAUAUGGAUUGAAUACGUUGGGGGUGGAAAGUAUGAUUGAUAUGGAUGGGGAGAGUAUUGCUGGGUAUACGAGUAAUGGGAAUGUUUAUGGGGCGAAUGUUGUUAGGUUUGUUAGUUAA